AUAUAACAGGUUACGGCUCACUUUGGGACAGAAGUUAACAGAUCCAAUACUCAGAGAGAGGAAGAAGAAGACAAGAAUUCCCUCUCUGUCUUUGCAUUCUUUCUUUACAGCAAUCUGCUAGAAUUCAGCUUUAAACAACAUUUGGGGUUUCCCCUUCUUUUCUUGCUUCUUUUAAACUGUCACGCAUAAACAGAGCUUGAAACAUUUUAUCAUUUUAAAAUCUCUCAGAUGCAAGAUACGGGUAGAGAAGAUCAUCACUCUGACACAGAGCUAUCGGGGAGCGAAAGGGUAGCUUACAGUGGUCCAUUGAGCGGACCUCUUAAUAAAAGACCUGGAAAAAAGAGUGCGAGGUUUAAUGUACCAGAAACAACCACAUCCAAGGAUGAACAAUACGUGGAGAUCACUCUUGAUGUCCGAAAUGAUUUUGUGGCUGUACACAGCGUUAAACCUUCUCAUGGCGUCAAAGAAGAUCCUGAGAUGACAUUACUUGCUAAAGGUCCAGAUAAAAGAUCUGCUUCCAAUGUUGUGAGAACUGCUUCAGCAAGAAUUAGACAGGUUUCUCAUGAAAUAAAACGGUUGGCUUCGUUCUCAAAGAGGCCUCCUCCUGGUCGCCUUGACAGGUCUAAAUCUGCAGCUGCUCAUGCUUUAAAAGGACUAAAGUUUAUCAGCAAGACUGAUGGUGGUGCAGGAUGGGCUGCUGUGGAAAAGCGUUUCGAUGAAAUUACUGCUUCUACUGAGGGCUUGCUUCCUCGUGCGCGAUUCUGUGAAUGUAUAGGAAUGAAGGAGUCAAAGGAGUUUGCAGGAGAGCUGUUCAGUUCACUUGCAAGGAAGCGGAAUAUACAAUGUGAUUCGAUCAACAAAGCUGAGCUGAGGGAAUUCUGGGAACAGAUUUCCAACCAAAGUUUCGACUCCAGGCUCCAAACUUUCUUUGACAUGGUGGAUAAAGAUGCUGAUGGCAGAAUCACAGAAGAGGAAGUCAGAGAGAUCAUUACCCUUAGCGCUUCUGCAAAUAAACUGUCAAAUAUCCAGAAACAAGCUGAGGAAUAUGCAGCAUUAAUCAUGGAAGAGUUAGAUCCAGAAAAUCAUGGAUACAUCAUGAUAGAGAACCUGGAAAUGCUUCUAUUGCAAGGACCAAGCCAGUCGGCAGGAGGAGAAAGCCGAAACCUGAGCCGUAUGCUAAGCCAGAAGCUUAAGCCUACAUUGGAUAGCAACCCAUUAAACAGAUGGGGCAGAGGCACCAGGUAUUUCUUAUUAGACAACUGGCAGAGAGUUUGGGUAAUGGCUCUAUGGAUUGCUGUUAUGGCUGGCCUAUUUGCAUACAAGUAUGUGCAGUAUCGACACAGAGCGGCGUAUGUGGUGAUGGGCCAUUGUGUAUGCAUGGCCAAGGGUGCAGCUGAGACACUCAAACUGAAUAUGGCUCUAAUUCUACUACCUGUCUGCCGAAACACUCUCACCUGGCUCAGGAACAAAACCAAAUUAGGUGUCGCGGUUCCUUUUGACGACAACCUCAAUUUCCACAAGGUUAUAGCAGUUGGAGUUGCAAUUGGAGUUGGUAUCCAUGGGAUUUCUCAUCUAGCGUGUGACUUCCCUCGCCUUCUUCGUGCAAGUGAAGAAAAGUGGGAGCUCAUGCAGCAAUUUUUCGGGGAUCAACCUUCAAGUUACUGGCAUUUUGUCAAGUCCAAGGAAGGAGUAACUGGGAUCCUCAUGGUAGUGUUGAUGGCUAUAGCCUUCACACUAGCCACCCCUUGGUUCAGACGUAAUAAACUCAAUUUGCCGACAUGGCUCAAGAAGCUCACCGGUUUCAAUGCAUUUUGGUAUUCUCACCAUCUCUUCGUCAUCGUCUACACCCUGCUCAUCGUGCACGGUUAUUACCUCUACCUGACUCAUGAAUGGUACAAGAAGACGACCUGGAUGUACUUGACAGUUCCUGUUAUGCUUUACGGGAGUGAAAGAUUCAUUAGGGCACUGAGAUCAAGCAUCAAGGCUGUUACCAUACAAAAAGUGGCAAUUUAUCCUGGAAAUGUCUUGGCACUUCACAUGUCAAAGCCUCAAGGAUUUAGAUACAAGAGUGGGCAAUACAUGUUUGUCAAUUGUUCUGCUGUCUCUCCAUUCGAAUGGCACCCAUUCUCUAUUACUUCAGCCCCUGGAGAUGACUACCUUAGUGUUCAUAUUAGAACUCUUGGUGAUUGGACACUGCAGCUUCGAACAGUGUUCUCAGAGGCAUGCCAACCACCUCCUAAUGGGAAGAGUGGACUUCUAAGAGCUGACUGCUUCCAAGGACACAGCCCAGAUUUCCCAAGAGUCUUGAUUGACGGUCCAUAUGGAGCACCAGCACAAGACUACAAGAAAUAUGAGGUGUUAUUGCUGGUUGGCCUAGGAAUUGGAGCAACCCCAAUGAUCAGCAUUGUCAAGGACAUAGCGAGUAACAUCAGGGCCAUGGAGGAAGAAGAGAAAGCAUUAGAAAAUGGUACUGAUGGGGCAGGCAAUAGCCCGUUAACUAGAACUCCAAGCCCUAAUGCACACAAAAGAAAAGAAAGCUUCAAGACAAGGAGAGCAUACUUCUAUUGGGUGACAAGAGAACAAGGUUCCUUUGACUGGUUUAAAGGGGUUAUGAAUGAAGUGGCUGAAUUAGACCAUAACCAUGUCAUAGAGCUUCACAACUACUGUACUAGUGUUUAUGAAGAGGGUGAUGCAAGGUCUGCUCUAAUUGCCAUGCUUCAAUCCAUUAAUCAUGCCAAGAAUGGUGUGGACAUUGUCUCUGGCACACGAGUCAAGUCUCACUUCGCCAAGCCUGAUUGGCGUAAUGUCUACAAGCGCACUGCGCUUAACCACCCUGAUUCUCGGGUUGGAGUGUUUUAUUGUGGGGCACCAGCAUUGACAAAAGAGCUGCGCCAGCUAGCCUUGGAUUUCUCUCACAAGACCAGCACUAAGUUUGAUUUUCACAAAGAAAACUUCUAAGUUUCAAAGGAUAAAAAAGAGAAGAAACACACCAGACGAGUUCUUAAGCUCCACUCUUAUCCCACUAUCCAUCACGUCCGAAGAUUUGGCCCCCUGCAAUUGGACCACGAUGUUUGUCAUAAUGUAUUAUUUAUUAAGUUUGCUCUAGAAUUACCUAUGGAAUAUUGAUAUGCUAUAAUGCAAGCAAAAGAUAGUGCGUUGGUUGAUUGAGGGCCACCCACCAUAUUAGUUUGUGUUUAUAUAAGAAAAACGUGAGCAUGACCGAAUGUAUGCCAUGCUCAUUGCUAACCUAUGUCUAUAUACGAGGGAAAUAAAUGUAAAGCUUUUUUUUUAA